AUGCGCGCGCUUUUGCACUCGACCAUGUCGCGGUGGACGGCCAAGAAGUCAAAGGUCGCUGCAGCGCUGCUUUUCACGACGGUAGCGCUGUGGCUCGCCGUCAGCUUCCGUCAUUCGCGGACCGUCGCUGGCCUCGGCCCCCAACCAGACGCCCCCAAGCCUGAACCACCCACAUACGACCUCUUUGGCAUCAAGAACCUCAACCCGUCGAUAGAGAUCGCGACCCUCAACUUGCACGCCUCCCCUUCCAACAAGAAGCCCGCGACUAAGUACGACAUCCCAAUUGACCUCCCCCAGUUCUCAAAGGUCCAGCUCGACACUCCCGCCGCCAAUGUCUCGACCUUUGAAGACGAGCUCCUCCAAACCCUCACAAAGACAUCGGCCACGGCCACGAUCGACGUAUACGUGAACAACCCCACGCCCGAUGCGUCGCACAUAAUAUUCGGCGCUGCCACGACCCUCAAGCGCCUUCCCGAUGCCCUCCGAGGGUUCAAGCACUGGGCGGCGCACACCAAUGCGCACUUCGUCAUCAUCGUCGAGCCGCACAACCCCGAAAACCUCGAGGAGCCCUCCGCCGCGAAUAUAACAUCACAGUUCGAAACGGCCGGCGUCUCCGUCGAGAUCAUCGAGUCCGAACUGGGCUACAUCGACCGCUACGUGUCGCUCGUCGGCCUGAUCCACGACCGCCUCACCCCGAAGACGAAAUGGUGCAGCAUCAUUGACGACGACACCUUCUUCUUCCAGAUGGAGACGCUCCUAGCAAUGCUCUCCAAAUACGACACCACGCAGCCCUACUACGUCGGCACCACCUCCGAGAACAAGUGGAACGUCGACGAGGGCGGCAUCUGGGCCAUUGGCGGCGCGGGCGUCUUCAUCUCAGUCGCACUGCUGCGCGAGCUGUACCCGCACGCCGAGGACUGCGUGGCGCUGCCCAACAUCUACGGCGACGGGCGCGUCAGCGACUGCGUCUUCAAGUACACGACGACCAAGCUGUCGUUCGAGCACAGCCUGUACCAGCUGGACCUGCACGGCGACGUGACGGGCUUCUACGAGGCCGUGCGCCCCCAGCCCGUCAGCGUCCACCACUGGAAGAGCUGGCACCACCACGACAUGCCGCUGACCGCCGCCGUCAGCGCCGCCUGCGGCCAGCCCUGCGUCCUGCAGAGCUACGCCUUCCGCGACGGCUGGCAGAUGACCAACGGCUUCUCCAUCGUCAAGUACAGCUACAACGAGACCGAGCUCGCGAGCCAGGUCGAGGCCGCCAUGGAGCACACGUGGAAGAUCACCCUGUGGGACAUCCAGUCCAGCUGGAAGUACACCCUCGACCCCCUCAAACCAAGGGACGACGGCAAGGUCCAGUUUAUGAUCGAGAAGGCUGAUGUGGACGAGAAGACGGGCGCGGUGACAUUACAUUACGUGAGGAGAAGAAACGGCAAGGGCCAGGCUAUUAUACGAGUCGUCUGGUCAAAGAACUAG